CCGUCUUCCACGGCUUAUUGGGCCUCUACCUCUGCGUGGCCUUCAGACGAGCGCCAAAUUUCCACUUGUAUGUGGUCUCUAUCGGCCUUCUUGUCUGUGCCGGUCUCUGGUGCGGCCCGCUGCCCUUCUUUGCCUGGCGUGUAAGCCUCAGCAACCGGCCGCGGGUGGCAGCAUGGUCCAAAGUCGGAUGUGCCAUGUCUACAUUGACUUCAUCGACCUCUUGCUCUUGGGCGUGUUGAUUCUCCGCCGAACAAGCAAGCCAGGAUCCGUCACCAGCAAAGAUGCCUAUGAAAGCUCGUCUCUCUCGGCCACGCUGAAUACGCCGCCUCAACUCCCACCUCUCACCUACAUCCGCCACCACCGCAUCUCCCUUCUCUACCCACCCAGCUCGCCCAUCCCUCCACUCUCACCAGGCCUUAUUCCCUCAAUGCCACUUCCCCAGCCAAAACUUGCAACUCCGACCAGGCCCUCCGAACAGCACGAGGAACAGCACGCAGAACAUCACACCCACAACGACGGCCUCUCCCUCGUCAACCAACCGAACCACCCACCGAACCGCAUAACCUUCAUCCUCCGCCUAUGCGCCCUGCAAAACCUCCCCGCCGGAAACUGGUCCUACACCCCCGAGCUCGGCACCCUCGUCAACACCUGGGCGCAGCGCUCCAUCGUCAUGGCAGCACCCUCCUCCUCCCCGCACGGCCUCGGCAUCACAGCGCUCGCGCACGCCUGUCUGACCGACUUGUGCCACACCGUCUGGAGCGCUCAGCGCGAGGGGAGAGAGAACGACGUGUUGAGUGGCUCAGAGAUGCGGACCUUGGAAGGGGUUGGGUGGGAUUUGGGAUGGGCUGGCUGGAGGAUUCGGCUGGCGGGGUGCUGGCUUCGGGAGCAGGAGAGGGCGGUGGGGUGAUUAUGGAAAGGGGGUAAGAGGUGUGUGGUUGGUUACAUGCUUGUCUCAGCUGCUUGGCCGUUUUGAAGGUGAAGGGGUUGGGUCAGGGUCAGGUUGGAAGUAUGGACGGAAAAUUUUGAGUGGGCAUUGCAUCGGCUGGCGUUUUGGGCUAUGGAGUUUUGUUGUCAUGGUCGGGGCUAGAUAGGGACAGUCGCAGGACAGCAAUGUAUGAGAGGUGUAGUUAGGGAUGGGCUAGGGUUGGUCGUCGCAUUGCAAGCAUGGUUGGUCGUCGCAUUGCAAGCAUCAUGGGAUGACUCCACUAACGUCUGCGUAUGACGAUCACUCAAUGAUUUGACCACAAUCCAUCAAUGCUGUAUAGGCCAGCACAA